AUGAAGAUAUUUAAAGAAUACGAAACUUUUGAAAUCUCUAAUUUAGAAGAGCAAAAUGCAGAAGGAAUUGAAGAUUCCUUGGAGGAUAUAGAAAGCAACAUGAAUGCAGUUGUAUCUUUUGUUCCUCAACUAGGUGAGCAAGAAUUAAGAGAGCCUUACAUCGGUAUGGAAUUUCAAUCACUUGAUACUGGAUUUAAAUUUUAUCUUGAUUAUGCUCAUCGUAAUGGUUUUAGUGUGCGCAAAAAUCGAAUUAGUAGAUCAAGAAAAGAUAAAUCCAUUAUUGGUCAAGAGUUUGUUUGUUCAAAAGAAGGAUUUCGUUCAAAAAAAUGUCUUGAGAGUAAUAAGCAACGAGAUGAGACUAGAGAGGGGUGCAAAGUGAUGAUAUAUAUGUCAAAGAAAGAAGAAGAAAAGUGGGUUAUAGCUAGGCUUGUCUUGAAUCAUAAUCAUGAACUUGCUUCUCCUAAUAGUCAGAAAUUCUUGCGAUCAAAAAGAAAAAAAUCAGAGGCUCAAAAAAAUCUUAUUGAUCUCUUAACUAAUUCUGGUAUUCGUCCAAGUAAAAUCGCAUCAGUGUUAACUACUCAGGCGGGAGGCAUAGAGAAUCUCAAUAUAACUGGACGAGAUAUUCAGAAUUAUUUGAGCACUAAAAGGCAAAAUUGUCUUGAGAAAGGAGAUGCACAAUUGAUGUUGAAAUACUUUCAAAAGCGACAAUCUGAUAGCCCAGGAUUCUUUUAUGCAAUACAAAUGGAUGUGGAGGGUCAUUUAGCUAAUUGUUUUUGGGUAGAUGCUAGGUCUAGGAUAGCUUACAAGAAUUUUGGAGAUGUUGUCCUAUUUGAUCCUACAUACUUGACAAAUAAAUAUAAGAUGCCUUUUGUUCCAUUUACCGGAGUUAAUAACCAUCACCAAUCCAUUUUAUUUGGAUGUUCUCUUCUUUGGGAUGAAACGGAAGAAACUUUUCAGUGGUUACUUCAUACUUGGCAAGAGGCAAUGUUUGGUAUUUCCCCUCGUACAAUAAUCACAGAUCAAGAUGCUGCAAUAACAAAUGCAGUUGCAAAGGUGUUCUCGAAUAGUGCACACCAUUUUUGUAUGUGGCACAUUGAGAAGAAGAUUCCUGAAUAUCUAAGUCAUGUUUUUCAUGCAUUUGAUGAUUUUAAAAAUAAGUUUAGUAAGUGUUUACAUUUUACAACAACUCCUGAGGAAUUUGAAAUUGCUUGGAUCGAUAUAAUGAAAAUGUACAAUUUAGAAGAGCAUAUUUGGUUGCGUAAGAUAUACACCAUUCGCGAGAAAUGGAUUCCAGCAUAUGUGCGAACUACUUUUUGUGCCGGAAUGUCAACAACUCAAAGAAGUGAAAGUAUGAAUAAAUACUUUAAAGAUUAUCUUAACUCUAGUACGCCAAUGAGUGUAUUUGUGACGCAAUAUGAUAAAGCUGUUGACGCUAGACAUGUGCUUAUGAUAUUUAUAAAGAAACAGAUUCACUCUCUUCCACCAUGUUAUUUAUUGGAUCGAUGGACAAGGUAUGCAACUACAGAAAAAGCUAAUGACAUUUCAAGUGCAGGAUCGCUUGCAUAUAAUCUGAAGUCUUCUACUAUAUGGUUUAAUAACAUUAUGACACAUUCUCUUGGGCUCUCUGAACGAGCUACUCGUUCAGAAAAGCAUUAUAAAUUUACAUAUCAGAAAUUGUUGCAACUAAGUAAAGAACUUGAUGAACUUCCAUAUGAGGAUAAUGAUAAUGUUUGUGAUGAUCAAGUUAACGAGUCAAAUAAUGAUUUGAACUCAAGUGAACAAAGAGAAAAAUUUAGUUUGCUUAACCCUCCAUGCGUGGCUACUAAAGGACGUCCUCGUUCUUUGAGAAUGAAAAGUGGUUUAGAAAGUUCUCAGAAGGUUAAAAGAAGCUCUUCGCUGAAAUCAAAAAGAGAAACCAAAAUCAGAAAAAAAGGCAAAGGAGUAAGUUCACACAUUAAUGUUGAAAAGGAAUUCAAUAGCAGGGAAACAAUCAUUAAUGCAGAUCCUACAAUCGAAUUCUCAGCAUAUUCAGAACCUUUUGAAGGGCAAAGUGGUCGUGCUGAUUCAUAUCCAACCUCAUUUAUGGAUUUGAUGAGAGCAACUUCGUAUCCAUAUCAAAGAGGUUUCUAA